GUGUAACGAAGUUGUAUCGGUGCGAAAUGCUUUAGGACCGAAAAAUUGGAAGCGGAAGUAUCAAAAGCUAUCCGAUUUAUCAACAUGGCGUUAAAGAUUUCAGAUAUUUUGCCGGCACCUACACAGCGAAUAUAUGACCGUGACGAUGAAGAACGACAGAUUCGUUCUCAGAUGCAGCUGGCGCCAAUUAUCAGCAACAGAACAGCACCUCCUUAUGGACAUAGAAAAGGAUGGAUUCCCAGGUCACAAGAGGAUUUUGGAGAUGGUGGAGCGUUUCCAGAAAUAGCUAUAGCCCAGUAUCCCCUUGGUAUGGGACAGAAGAAAAGCUCAUCAAAUGCAUUGGCUGUGCAAUUAGAUGCUGAGGGUAAAAUCAAAUAUGAUGCAAUAGCUAAACAUGGUCAUGCGAAGGACAAGGUUGUUCACUCAAAAUUCCAAGAUCUUGUACCUAAACAAAUUGACGAAGAUGAUCCAAGUUUUGAAAAGCCGGAUGAAGAUUCCAUUAAGGACAACACAGAGAAGACACGGCUUGCUCUAGAAAAACUGGUCUCAGGAAAGAUUGCAGCUGCCAUGCCUGUGAAAGCUGCAGAAAAACAGGCACCAGCACAGUAUAUUAGAUACACACCUUCUCAACAAGGAGUAGCAUAUAACUCUGGUGCUAAACAGAGAAUUAUCCGAAUGGUCGAAGCUCAGAAAGAUCCGAUGGAGCCACCCAAAUUUAAAGUCAAUAAGAAGAUACCUCGAGGUCCACCUUCCCCACCAGCCCCUGUAAUGCACUCCCCUAAUAGAAAGGUGACAGUUAAAGAGCAACAGGAAUGGAAGAUACCACCAUGUAUAUCUAACUGGAAGAACGUUAAAGGGUAUACUAUACCUCUUGAUAAGCGUCUGGCUGCAGAUGGUCGUGGUCUCCAGGGUGUUCAUAUCAAUGAAAACUUUGCAAAGCUUGCAGAAUCUCUGUAUAUUGCUGACAGAAAAGCACGUGAAGCUGUAGAAACCCGUGCUCAGACAGAACAGAAAAUGGUUCAGAAAGAGAAGGAAAAGAAGGAAGAAAAUUUGAGACAGUUAGCUAUGAAGGCACGUGAAGAACGUGCAGGAAUACACAGAGCUAAUGAAAAAGAUGAUGAAUUAGCUGAUAGAGAAGAUAUCAGAAGAGAGAGACAUAAAGAAAGACAAAGGGAGAGAAAUCUAGCUAGAGCUGCACCAGAUAAAAGAUCUCGUCUUCAGAAGGAUAGAGAAAGAGAUAUCAGUGAAAAGAUUGCUCUAGGUUUACCUAACACUGGUGGUGGACAACAGGACCAGUUCGAUUCCCGGCUUUUUAAUCAAUCAAAAGGUAUGGACAGUGGUUUUGGUGAUGAUGAAGGAUAUAAUGUAUAUGACAAAGCCUGGAGGGCAGACAGAGAUGCUGCUAGUCAUAUAUACAGACCAUCUAGAAACAAAGAUAGGGACACAUAUGGUGAUGAUCUGGAUGAGCUCAUUAAAACAAACAGGUUUGUUCCGGACAAAGGAUUCACCGGAACUGACUCAAGUCGACGUAGAGAUGGACCGGUUCAGUUUGAAAGACACGAAGAGGAAGAUCCUUUCGGUCUGGAUAAGUUCUUGAAAGAUGCCAAAACCGGACAAAAACGUGGCAUUGAUGACUCACGGUCAAGUCGUGACUAUGAGAGAAAGAAAAGACGGGAAUAAACUAUAAAAUAGAAAAAAUUUAUGACAAACAUGAUUGUUAUGAAAAACAAACAUUUCUCAGGUGAUUAAGAUGGCACCAAUGAGAUGGGUAUUAAAGUGGCAUGCCUCCACAUGAAGCAAAUAUUCUGAAAAACAACUUGAGAAAAAUAUUGUUAUAGUAAUUUAAAUAAGUUUUUAAAUAUUCGCAAUGAAGGUAAAACUGUUAGAGUAUUGAAAGCAAAAUAAUAUUGGAUAUCAUCACCUUAGUGCAAGAAAUAACUGGUUAACUCCUAUUAAAUUUACAAGGAUUUAACCCAUAACUGCUUUAAGGUGAUGAUAUGCUAUUUUUAUUCCUAAAAUCCUACCCUGUUAGUGUUAUUAACAGAGUAAUAGGUAAUAGGAAAAGUCUUUGCAAAGUAUGUUUGCUAGAUUAAAACAGCUAAAUUUGUAUACUUAGAAUUUUAAUUCAAUAAAACAAUUUUAUUUUUUCAAGAAAAUUGCCACAAAUCUAUCGAUGUGUUGCUUUAAGAAGUGUGGUCUUGGUUUAUUUUUAAAUCUCAACAAGUUUGAGUAAGGUGUAAGAAUUGUCAAGAAAAUUUACAGUGCAUGGGUUAACAUUUCCAAUGGUUGUGACAGUCAUUUAGUCUACCAACUUUGAAAUAACAUGCAUGUACAAAAUUCUAAAUAUCUGGAUUCAAACUAAGUAAACAAGGUUUGAAUUGUGUUUUAUUUUAUUUUGUUUGUUAUUUUAGAAUUACAUCAUGGCAAAUUUAUUUGAUUAUGUUUGAAAUCGAAAUACUGCAGUUUGCUUGCAUAUUUUGCAGGUUUCUCUGUAUAAAUCUCUUCCUACUAGUUAUUAAAAUAUCUUAGACUUUCAGUGAUUAUGAUGAAUUUUUUAUGCUACCAGUAUACUGCGUAGUCCUCUACAGAGCCUUGCGGUCAGCCAGGCUCUAUAUUGUUGGCUGCUCAAAUUUGAUAUCAUUAUAUAUGUAAUAACAACUUCAAAUGAUGCAAACGAGAAGAACUUUAUUAUACUAAUUCAGAAGAUUUGAGGGACAAAAUGCUGGAUAAUGAAUUUUAAUCUUGUCUCCUAAUUUAACCCUUAUGGUACAACGCUUAAUAUUAAUAUGUAGACUUUUCCAUCUUUGAGUCUGGACCAAACUGUUAAUCAUUUUUGAGGGAAAAAUUGAAGAAAAAAAAAACAUGUACUGACUGAAUAGCAACAGACAACAUGUUUGUCCCAGUUUAUCUUGUCUGCACUGGUUGCAAUGAUAUAUUCAGUUACCACCAACAAGCUUCAAGCUUUAAUAGUUUAAACAUGCAUAACUCUGCUAUACAUGUAUACAAGUACAUGCCCUAGUUUUAUGAAGGCAUGCAUUAAGAAAUUAGUUUCUACACAGAAGAAAAAAAACAGUAUUCAAAUUAUAAAUUUAUUACUGCAUGUUUAUAACAUUGACUUACUAGCAUUUUAUCAUACUUAUACAGUGAUGAUUGUCUGAAUACUGUGUUGUAUACAAUAUCACUCUGUAAAGUUAUUUCUUGGACUGUAAAUAUCUUAUAUUUUAAGUCCUAGUUUAUUUUUAAAUGUGAUUUAUUUUCAUGUUGUAAAUUGUACAUGAAUCCUCCCUCAUUUUGUUUCCAUACAUUCAUUUUGUGUAAAUGCAUUGAAAUCAGGUGAUCACCAUUAUGGUCUACAGAAUAAAAUUUACAAUAUA